GUGGAAGGGUACAGACUCACGUGUAGCCGAACGUGCUGUAUGAUGCGGAACAGUCGCUCCGCGCGAAAGAUACGUACGGUGUGGUUUCAGUGCCCAUAGAUAUGAGCGACAAGAACGUAACGUGUUGUGUGUUAUUAUUGUGAAACCAUUUAAGAAUUUUUAAUGAAAGACCUCCUUCCUCGCAAGUGUUGUGACCCGACGGAUAUCGUUUCAAAGGAACAUUACAUUGAGAAGAGAAUUAUGGAAGAAGUGUCCACCGAAAAUGCUAAGGUGUCAGAUUCCGGUUAUUCUAAUACUUGCAGCAACAGUCAGUCGCAACGGAGUAGCGGCAGUUCGGGUUCAAGGAAUAGCAACCGCUCCGCGAGUAGCGGUUAUUGCGGUACGCAUCCCUCGACAUUUGGAUCCAGCAAUGAAGCCAUACCGCAGCCAAUCAGCAAAAGAAAGGAUAAAGAACACAAGAAGAAGAAGUCGAAGACGAUUUCAGCUGUUAAUGCUGAAGGAGAUAUUAGCCUAAAAAGUGCCGACGCACCGCCGGAGGUCGUGUCCUAUAAUGUCAUCGUUCCAACGAAACCUGUAUUUGAAAAGAAACCAGAAGAAGUAACCACUGUAGAAUUGGUGGAUGCAACGGAUCCCGGCGAGCACAACGGCGAUUCUCUCACAGAUGUGGAAGCAGGACUUGCUUCUUAUACGAUUCCUCUGGAUGAUUCCAUCUCUCAGGCCAACGAGGGAUUUUGCGCGGUGAUUUCGAUGCAUGAUGGCCUCGUGUUGUACACGACUUCUACGAUAUGCACAGCUCUAGGAUAUCCUAAGGACGCUUGGAUCGGUCGCUCCUUCAUCGAUUAUGUUCACCCCAAGGAUAAGGUCACCCUAGCUGGCCAGAUUACGAGCGGUAUAGUUUCACCUCAAGGAGACAAUCCGAAAGGUAUAAACGGUAGAAGAGCGAGCUUAUUCUGUGGACUGCGGAAAUACACGAGAUCUCCUGUUUAUGAAUUAAACAGCGAGCAUAAAGAACGAAGAACGAAUUUGUAUCUUCCGUUCCACUUGACUUUGUCGUUCAGAGACUUUCGCGACCGUACAACUGAACAGAAACACAAAGCAAUGUUCCUGGUGGUUACUGCCCAACCUGUUCAUUCUGCAUACAAAGCGCAAGAAGAAAAUAUAAUAUCUUCAGUAUUCACUACCCGUCAUACCGCGACGUGUCAUCUAUCUCACGUUGAUCUCGACAUAGUCCAAUACUUUGGCUAUCUACCUCAGGAUAUGGUUGGCCGUUCGCUGUUCGACUUCUACCACCCCGAGGAUCUGCCCUUCAUCAAAGACAUCUAUGAGACCGUGAUCAAACUCGAAGGUGCCUCGUUCAGAUCGAAACCGUACAGGUUCGGAGUGCAGAACGGUGGCUACGUCGUCCUCGAAACCGAGUGGUCGUCCUUUGUCAAUCCGUGGACGAAAAAACUAGAGUUUGUCGUAGGUCAACACAGGGUGCUGAAGGGUCCAGCGAAUCCUGAUAUAUUUCGUGUACCACAUGCGUCCGAGAGUGGUCACUUGGCCAACAUUAGCGAGGAGGUGCUCAAAGAAGCAAAAAUCAUACAAGAAGAGAUACGUACACUUCUCGACGAGAACAUCCAAAGAAAGUCAGAUAUAAUCGGGCUCGAUGUGUCAAAAAGAUGCAAGGAUCUAGCGUCCUUCAUGGAAAAUCUACUCCAGGAGACGAGGACGCCCGAUCUUGGAAAAGAUGUGUUCGCUACCGACGACAAGAGUUUUUCGGAGCACGACAGCGUAAUGAUCGGUGAGAUUUCGCCCCAUCACGAGGACUACGACAGUAAAUCGUCUACCGAGACUCCGCCGAGUUACAAUCAGCUCAACUACAACGAAAAUAUAGAAAGAUUCUUUAAGAGCAAGCCAUCGGUUGCCACCAUGUACGGCAGCGACGAGGAGAAUCUUAAUUCCAGCAACGACGAGGGUGGAAAGACGAGCCCCAAUUCGGCAGUGAGAAAAUAUAUGUCACCUAUAAACGGAAGCGGUGCAAGCGGUAGUGGUAGCGGUGAAAAUUUCAGCAGCGGCUCGAACAAUCAAACGAGUUCAGCGAGUAGAGGCAAUACAUCGAACACUGCUAGCACGGAAAGCUUCAAACAACCAAUGUUGACCGAGUCGCUGCUUAUUCGCCAUAACGAGGAUAUGGAAAAAUUGAUGAUGCAAAGGCAUCGGGAACUUCGGUCGAGUAUUAAGAACAGCGACAAGCUGAAGGACUCCAGAAUAAAGACCACCGAAAAAAUGUCGACGGUGCCGAACGCUUAUUUCACUAAUCAAGGACACGGCGUCAAAAGGUGUGGAAGCCACAGUUGGGAAGGAGAAAGUUUCAAAGUUUCGAAACACGACGAAGUGUCGAGAACAAGUACCGCAGGUCAGUUACCAACGAAAGUCUCUACGACAGUUACAAACAUGAGUGUAGAUCAAUCAACCGUUAUUCAAACAGGUGCUAACAUUAACUUGUGGCACCCUUUACCGGUUACUAUACCACCACCGGCACACGCUCAAUCACAAACUAUGCCGCAAGACAAUUCAGAAGCAAUACCCAGGAUACCAAUACUGCCAUCAGUGAUACCAGUGUAUUACGUUCCCGUUUCAGAAACUAUUAAUAAUAUAUUUUCAUCGCCUCUACAGCAAAAACAAAGCUCACCUGAAUCGUUGCAACAUUCCCAACCGAGCCCCUGCAUGUUACUCCCAGUUUCAUAUGUAACAACGACGAUGUCUGGUAUGCUUUAUCCCCCCGUAAUAAGUGCUCCGUCGACGGGCGUGAUGUACAGACCCUUUUUAAUCCCGGAGGAAACACCAGUUACCUGUGAGAGCAGCCAGGCUACAGCAAAUAAAUUUUCCGAUCGGAAACGACCAGCGAGUCAAGCGACGAGCGUAA